CUGCGUUCCAGGCCUCCUUCCAUUCCACCCCAUCCCAGCUCGCCUCGUCACGAACACCGCCCGUUUUUCCACUUCCACAGCUUGCCAUGCGGAUCUUUUCCCACGAGCGAUUCAUUCUUCGAGCGCCGCCCAUGAUCGAGACGGGAUGACCGCGCCGAUGGCACCUCCCCCGCCGGCGCGCCAGGACGUGCGGUCGCCGCCACCGCUGCCGCCGCCCCUGACCGUGGACGUGGCUGUCAUCGCGGGCGUGAUCACCGGCGCGCUCCUGGCGCUCUUCCUCUUCCUCAUCUACGCCAAGCACUGCAAGCACCGCGGCCACGGCGGGGGUAGGCCCGGCCUGGGCAUCGGGUUUGCGCCGUCCUCGUGCGACCGCUGCCGCUCCGGGCUCAGCGGCUCCGCGGUGGGCGCGCUCCCGGCGGUCCGGUUCGGCGACGCGGGCGGCGCGGGCGUGGGGGCCGGCCGCGCCACCGAGUGCGCGGUGUGCCUGGGCGCCUUCGACGCCGCCGAGCUGCUCCGCGUCCUGCCCGGCUGCCGCCACGCGUUCCACGCCGAGUGCGUCGACACCUGGCUGCUGGCGCACUCCACGUGCCCGGUCUGCCGCCGGCGCGUCGGCAGGGGGGACGUCGACGUCGACGUCUCCAUCGCGAUCGUCCCCGAGCCGGAGCCGGCAGCACGGCGGGAGGGGCCCGGAGACCUGGCGCCGGUCGCGGGUAUGGUGGUGCCCGGCCAGCGCUCGGCCGCCGACGCGGAGUUGCAGCCGGCGGUGCACCACCGGCCGAGCGACCAGCGGUGGUCGACGGACGGCUUGGUGGACCGGGUCGCGUACCUCGAGGCGGCGAGACAUCGUCGGGACCUGGGCAUCCUAGUGGUCAGCAGCAGCAGUUCCCACGGAUCACGAGGUUCCCCCAGCGCCGUCACGCCCACGCCGCGGUCCCGCUAGCUGAGGCCUGAUGGCGCCGCGUUCAUCUGCUGCUCCGUGAUCUUGCUCCUGAACAUGGAACGAGCUCCUUGAUAUUUAGUAGAUAGCUGAUGCUUGUUCAUCGAUCGGUCGUGUCCAUGUACAAAGUUAGCGACACGUCGGUAGGAUACAGUACAGUGAUAGGGUUAAGACUGGAGUAAGGAAUUGUAAUCUCGAUGUGCUAUUGGGGCAAUGAGGUGAUGGAGACCACUGAUGGCUGCAGCUUCAACGCAGGAAUUGCAAAGCCUUUUUGUGGCCAGGAAA